UUUCCACCCUCGAGCCCCACUCGCCCACUCAGACACCCAUUCGAUUCUCCGCCCCUUCGAAAUUCAAAUCGCCCUUCGUUCUCAUUCCCUCCCUCGGCUUCGCUUCGUCCGCCACCGCCGCCGAUCCCGACUCCUCCGCCACCACCUCUUCCCUUUUUCUCAACCCCUUUCUUUCCUCCUCUCUCUCCUCAAUUUGCCAUGGGCGGCGCUCACAGCCGCGAGGGUUUGGAGCUCUCCGACACCGAGACCGAGGCCGAGGAAGAAGAAGAAGACGAGCAAGAAGAAGAAGAAGAAGAAUACAAGCAAGAAGAACAACACCCGCCUUCAUCGGCGGAGCGGAGCCGCGGAAAAACCCUAACGCCGACCUCCCUCGACGAGGUUGACGAGAAGCUCAAAUCCCUCAAGCUCAAGUACUCCAAGCCCUCGACAGCUUCCGCCCAGAACCCUAGCGCGAAGAAAUCCGUCAAGCUCUACCUCCACAUCGGCGGCAACUCCCCCAACGCCCGGUGGAUCACCUCCGAGAAGCUCGCCUCCUUCUCCUUCUUCAAACCCUCCCGCCCCGACGCUGCUGCCGACGAGAUCACGUCGUCUGCCUGGUUCUUGAAGAUUGGAUCCAAGGUCCGGGCCAAGGUGGGUCCGGAGCUACAGCUCAAGUCGUUCCCCGAACAACGGCGCGCCGAUUUCGUCGCCGAUGGGGUCUGGGCUCUCAAGUUCUCCACGCCGGAGGGCUACCGGGAAUUCCAGAACGAGUACCAGAAUUGCCUCUUUGAGAACGCCUAUGGCUUUGAGGCGACAGAUGAAAACAAGAAUAGGGUUUUUGGGAAUGACUUCAUGGCGUGGGCACGGCCAGAGGCGGCCGAUGACGCCAUCUGGGAGGAUGCGGAGGAGAGCGUCGAGAAGAGAGCGGACCAGGGCAUGCCGGCCCGGGCGAGGCAAAACCUUUUGGAAGAGUUUGAGGAGGAGGCCAGUGAGGGUGGGAUACAGAGCCUUGCGCUCGGGGCUCUCGACAACAGCUUCCUGGUCAGCAACUCCGGGAUUCAGGUAGUCAGGAAUUUUAGCCAUGGAGUUCAUGGGAAGGGGGUCUCGGUGAAGCUUUUUAAUAAUGGGAGUAGGGAUGGUGGAUAUUCUACUCCCAAGAAGGGACUUUUAAUGAGGGCGGAGACCAGUAUGCUGUUGAUGAGCCCAGGACAGCAAGGGAAGCCCCAUGCUACUGGCGCUCAUCAGCUAGAUAUUGAGACCGGGAAGGUGGUGACAGAGUGGAGAUUUGAGAAGGAUGGGACUGAUAUUACCAUGAGAGACAUUACAAACGAUAGCAAGGGAUCACAGCUGGACCCUUCAGAGUCGACAUUCUUGGGGUUGGAUGACAACAGGCUUUGCAGGUGGGAUAUGAGGGACCGAAGAGGGAUGGUCCAGAAUAUAGCCAAUUCAAUGGAGUCGCCGGUGCUGCAGUGGACACAGGGGCACCAGUUCUCUAGGGGUACGAAUUUCCAGUGUUUUGCGACGACUGGAGAUGGGUCCAUUGUGGUGGGGUCUCUUGAUGGGAAGAUUAGGUUGUACUCAAAGAGCUCAAUGAGGAUGGCAAAGACUGCAUUCCCAGGGCUUGGGUCACCAAUCACUCACGUGGAUGUUACUUAUGAUGGGAAGUGGAUACUGGGCACAACUGACACGUACUUGAUCCUUAUAUGCACUCUUUUCAAGGACAAAAAUGGGAAGGAGAAGACUGGUUUUAGUGGAAGAAUGGGGAACAGGAUAGCAGCUCCGAGGUUGUUGAAGCUCACUCCAUUGGAUUCACAUUUGGCUGGCAAGAACAAUAGGUUCCAUGGGGGACAGUUCUCCUGGGUCACUGAAAAUGGUAAGCAGGAAAGGCAUCUGGUUGCAACUGUUGGCAAAUUCAGUGUCAUCUGGAACUUCCAGCAAGUGAAGAACAGCAAUCACGGGUGCUACCAGAACCAGGAAGGAUUGAAAAGCUGCUACUGCUACAAGAUUGUCCCCAAAGAUGAAUCCAUCGUGGACAGCUGCUUCAUGCAUGAGAAGUUUGCAUUGAGCGACUCUCCAGAGGCACCAUUGGUGGUUGCAACCCCGAUGAAGGUUAGCUCCUUCAGUAUAUCAAGUAGGCGCUAACUUAUGCCCAUUGAUUUCUUUUUUUUUCCCCUUCCCUUUGUACUGUCUUGUUUGGAAUGUACUGGAGUAUGUGCUUGGCUCGGAACUGCUGCAGUUUGAAUUCACUACCGUGUAUCUGGAUUGCACCUGUUUCGUGAUUCAA